CGCGCAGCCCAGGCCGGCCGAGGACGUGUGCACGCCCAGAUCCGCUCGGUGGAGCAGCACAGAUCCGCGGGGCUGGGCGGGUAUGUGCGUGAGGAUGAGGUGGAGGUGUAAAAGGACCUACGAGCACAAGGCAGAUUUGCGAGGAAUAAUUUAACUCCGGUGUUUGUUGGUUCUCGGGGUUUUUUUUUGGUGUUGUUUUUUUUUUUUUUUUCUCCUCUCUCUCCUUUCUGUGUCUUUUUUUCUGCUCAGGAUUUAAAUGUCACUAAAAGCCUCUCCAAAUCAGCUUUCCGCUCGCCUCUGGUUUCUUCCAAGGCAUUAACUGGAUCACACAUUGCUUUUGAAGAGCUCGGGUGUUUUACCCACGAAGGAAAUUUGCUCCAUCUCCAGCAGCAACCACUGCUCCUUUUGAUGUUGUGGUUCGCCGUGCGCAUGCGCUUCACAUUAGAAUUACUGCACUGGCCAGAAUAAGUUGGAUCUCUUCUUCUCUUCACUGAAAUCCUAAAUCAUAUCAAAAGCUAAAGGGAUGCUGAGAGUCCGGAAGAAGGGUUACUUUGGGAUUUGGUCAUUCCCUUUAAUAAUAGCCGUGGUGUGUGCACAGAGUGUCAAUGACCCCAGUAAUAUGUCACUGGUAAAAGAGACCGUGGAUAGACUGCUGAAGGGCUACGACAUUCGCUUGAGGCCAGAUUUUGGAGGUCCCCCCGUGGCUGUUGGCAUGAACAUAGACAUUGCCAGUAUAGAUAUGGUCUCGGAAGUCAAUAUGGACUAUACCUUGACAAUGUACUUUCAGCAAGCGUGGAGGGAUAAGAGGCUGUCGUAUAAUGUGAUACCUCUCAACCUUACUCUGGACAACAGAGUAGCUGAUCAGCUGUGGGUUCCUGAUACCUAUUUUCUGAAUGACAAGAAGUCAUUUGUACAUGGUGUCACUGUGAAGAACAGAAUGAUCCGUUUGCAUCCAGAUGGGACAGUCCUUUAUGGACUCAGAAUCACAACAACAGCUGCUUGUAUGAUGGACCUACGGAGAUACCCGCUGGAUGAGCAGAACUGCACCCUGGAGAUUGAGAGCUAUGGCUAUACAACAGAUGACAUUGAAUUUUACUGGCGUGGAGGUGAUAAUGCAGUCACAGGAGUGACAAAGAUUGAACUGCCACAGUUCUCCAUUGUAGACUACAAGCUUAUCACCAAGAAUGUUGUUUUCUCUACAGGUGCCUACCCAAGGCUGUCUCUCAGCUUUAAACUUAAGAGAAACAUUGGUUACUUCAUUCUGCAGACCUACAUGCCUUCCAUUCUGAUCACUAUCCUGUCCUGGGUUUCCUUCUGGAUUAAUUAUGAUGCUUCAGCUGCAAGAGUUGCUUUAGGAAUCACAACUGUGCUCACAAUGACUACAAUUAACACCCAUCUUCGAGAGACUCUUCCCAAAAUUCCAUACGUGAAAGCCAUUGACAUGUACCUUAUGGGAUGUUUUGUCUUCGUUUUCAUGGCUCUGCUGGAGUAUGCACUGGUCAACUACAUCUUCUUUGGCAGGGGCCCUCAGCGUCAAAAGAAAGCGGCAGAAAAAGCUGCAAGUGCCAACAACGAGAAGCUGCGAAUGGAUGUUAAUAAGGACAGAAGAAUAAUUGGCACAUAUCAUUGUCCAGAAAUGUAUUCAACAAAGAUGGAUCCUCAUGAAAAUAUUUUGUUGAGCACACUUGAAAUUAAAAAUGAGAUGGCUGCCUCCGAGGCUGUGAUGGGGCUUGGGGACCCUAGGAGCACUAUGCUGGCCUAUGACACUUCAAGCAUCCAGUACCGGAAAGCUGGCUUGCCCAGGCACAGCUUUGGUCGCAACGCGCUGGAGCGACACGUGGCACAGAAGAAGAGCAGGCUACGGAGACGCGCGUCUCAGCUGAAAAUCACCAUCCCUGACUUGACUGAUGUCAAUGCCAUAGAUCGAUGGUCACGCAUAUUCUUCCCAGUUGUUUUUUCAUUCUUCAAUAUUGUCUAUUGGCUUUAUUAUGUGAACUAAGAAACAAAGCCACGCGGAAAACAAGAACUGGAUUUCUCUUCAAAUCGGUUGUACAGCCAAAAGUGGGACUUAGAAAAAUUCUAUUCAGGACAAAAGUUAUUUUAAAACACCUUAGUUGCUGGCCCACUCUAUGGUCUGUUUGCAUAACGUUUGGGUUGUAUCUGCUCAAUCCUAAAUAUGUUAAGUAGCAGUAUGGACAUAUUCCCUUCUCAAAAUAUAAGUGCGUUUUGAGUGUGAAGGAAAAUAGGAUUUUGACAAUCGCUUCUGUCUCAUUGUCCCUCACUCUCUUUUUGUUUUUCUUCUUUUCUUUUUUUUUUUUUUUCUUUUAAUGAGUAUUCGAAUUCAGUGAUGCAAAUUGUAGAGUGGCAUUUGAGAAACAAGUUCUAGUUUCAACGGCAGUUCGUACCAUUCCCAGGAAAACAUGCAUCUCUGAGACAUGCAUCUACACUCAAGAGAGUUCACUAAGCUAUCAUGUUUAUGAAACAGAUACAAUUUAAAUGUGUAAACUUGAAAAUGCGCAGUGCCUAUCAUCUUUCCUAGAUGAAGCUGGUCAGAGGUUUCCCAACCAUAUUCAGGUAUUUCUUGGUAUUUAUUGAAAGAACUAAACCUUUGACUCAUAAUAUUAGGGUUGGGUGUUUGCAUAGAAGCUGAAGCAAAAAGCACUAGUUUUGUUUGCAUUUUAAAGAGAGAACUUAUACCUACAGUCACCGUGACUGUAGUUGUGAGCAACAGAGGAAUGUAGCAAUGGUAUAAAAAUGCAUUGAGUCUGGGUAGAUAUGCUGGUGUUUUGUGUUGGGAAAAGGAAAUAAUCUGUCCCAAGUGCCAAAACUGGUUGGCCAAAUAGUAAUUUUUUAGGUGGCUGAAGGAUGGUACUCUGCCUUUCUAGGGUAGGGAGAGCUAGAGAACCAGUAUAAAUACAGGGCCAAGGAGAGGAAAGGCUAUAAAUAUGUCAAAGUGUGUGCAGAUGAAUGUUGUCAGUUACAGUACAUAACUUAGACUGAAAUACUUAUGUGGAGUUGUAUGAUUUCUUCCAAGUUUGCAAUCUUUUCAGUGUUGUGCUUCCCCCUGUUGUUGUGCUUAACACCUCACAUCCAGUUGGAUUAAUGGUAUCGUACCUCUUUCAGCACUGAAGAGCUGAGCAUAUGUACUUUAGUACAUGACAGGGUAUUUUUUCAGUCUGGAUAAGGCAAUACCAGUUCACUUUCCCUUCCCCCCCUCCUUAAUGCACUGUUUUAAAGUGAAAAAGUUGGUAUCCAUCCUUUCAGGAGUUCAGUUACACUCUUGAGCAUUUCCUGCUUGAGGGUGAUUUCCAUUGAAAAACUAGCAAAUUUCAGUUUGGCUUUAGGAAACUUUUUAAAUAAAAGGGUUUUUUUAUUCCAUAGAGCUUUAAUUUUAUAGCCAAAAUAUAACAGACAAGAAAUUCAGUGUUAUAGGCAAAGUAGAUUUUGCCAUUUAAUCCAUUGUGGAACCUUCUUCUGUAUUGAAAAAGAUAUUGAAAGGACUGUAUAAGGAAUAUAAAAUCCUGAUGGCUUUUACUAAUUCAGAUCCCCAGUGUUGUUUGACACAAAAUAUUUCAUGAAGCAAAAGCCACAUCUGUUGUAUCUAUGCUACGUCUCAUCUGUGUACAAAUUUCUGAAAUAAACAAGAAUUCAAGUAUCUUCCAAACAGCAAAGAGAUUUUUUUGAGGCAGAUAGUUUUUCCUCAUUAAGGUAUUCCUUUGGAAUUUUCUAAAGUAUUUUUCUUUGAAUUUUUUGUUCUUGCUUUAGAAGAGUAAUUUCCUUACAAGUGUCUGUAGGAUUUAUUUAUUUAUUUUCCCCAUUUGAUAGACAAUGACAGUGAAAGGAGGAAAACAGUCCUGGGAACUAAUACACCAAAUUUCUGACUUUCUUUUAAGCAUAACAUGUAGUUAUUUUUGCUUCAAAUGGGAGAGAAUAAUUUUAAGCCUGAAAUGGGGUUUGCCAGGCAUACACACGUCCUGCUGUUUUCAAGGGAGUUGUGUGUACAUUCACCUGCUGCUUCCAGGUUCAGACUCUGCAAUAUGUAGAGACAGGCUUUCUUAAUGGGAUUCACUUGCCAAGUGAAAAUGUUGCUUUUUGUUCAUAUACUUAAUUUCUGACUGCAUUUGAUGCAUAAUGCAAUAAGCUUUGUUGAUACAUUGGGAAUUUCAACUGACAGGUGUGAAUCAUGUUGGAAUUUUUUCCCAAUUCUAAGUAAAGUAGCCACAUCACAAUGCAAUCUUUCUCUUCAAAGUCAGUUCUUUUAUCAUAAAUAAAAGUAAUCUACUAGUAUUCUUCUGUACAAGCUUUUUAUUUUUUUUUUUCCAUUUCACAAAUUGCUGCCAACUCCUUUUUUAAUUUCACAGCAGUGUUGUGUGACUCCAGGGAGCUCACAGCCUGCUUGUGGUUGAUACACUUCAGUCUAAAACCUUGCAGAGAGUGUGUUGACUCUCUGCAUUGCUUUCCUGCAUCAGCUAUUGUGAAAACCACAGAGACUGAAUCCUGGAACUGCUUGUUAAUGUGUCUGAAGUUACAGAACAAGCCAUAAUACUCUCUGAUGUUGCUGUUCAGAGAGUGAAAGAAAAUGGUUUCUGCUCAGGUGUCACUAAGAAAGUUAUAUUUUCUGGGGGGAAGGAGCACUUUUGGUUUUACUAUGUCCUUCUGGCUAUGAUUGUGGUGUAUAAAAUUAGUGAAAGAGAAGGAUUCUAUCAUUUUGUACUAAGGCUUAACACUGUGAUACAAAAAGGUGGGGGUGAGAAAAACUGGUGAGGCACUGUCAGGGAAGUGGUGUAACUGGAGCCCACAGUGAGCACUUACUCCUUUUCUGAGAUACUUGAGUGAAAGUGAGAAAUUUUGUCAACAUACACAAGGUACUGGGUUUGCUAUGUGUGCUUCCAUCCAGGUAAACUAGAAUAAAUUUGCUUUUAGUCUAGAAUUGAGUAAAAAAUAAUAUUCUAGAUCCUUUUAAUCAUGUUAAUUGCUAUUAUUUUCAAUAAGCAAAAUAUCAAAGUUAAUAAUUUAGAUGAAUCUUGUAAUAUAAUUAUAGUUGCAGAUUUUGUUGUUCUAUUAGACAUGAUAGCCAGCAAUUAAGGUGUUUUUCAUCUUUGUGAAAUUCAUGGGCAAAUUAUGACUAUAACAUGGCACAGUUUUAAUGAAAUCUUUGAGAUCAACCUGUAAAUAUAUACUGUACAUGACUGCUAAUAAGUAUGAUACACAUUUUCAGGACUGGAAAUUCAUGCAACAUAUUUCUGUGUUUGCAUAAGGAAUGUUGUGUUUCUAUCCUAUCACAGUUUAAUGACUGGGAAGAAGGACUCAAGCAAUGACAUUGUGACCAUUUCUUUUCUCAUUCCCAGGGCAGGAAAACAAGAGUCUUUGCUAACAACAUGUAGCAGAAUUCUUCAGAGAGUUUUUACAUUCUAAUACCAAGGACAUAAAAUCUGGAAGGUACAAAAGCACAAUGUAUACAGAAAAUGAGUGGUGGUCUUACACCUGCGAAACAAGUCCUAUUGAUUUCAGAAAAAUAUGCAUUCAAAUUAAAGCUCAAUUAAUUUUCACUAUAAUGAUCAGACUGUGUUCCAAUUCUGUACUAUACACGGUACUAAAUAGAUGUGAACAGAUGUUAAACAUUAUCCAGCUCUGUGUGCAUAUGGACAGAGACCCAAACGUCUAUAUGCACAUAUGUGUGUGUAUAUACACCUCCUGGGUAUAUGUGCACACACAUUCACAUGUGGGCGUGUUAAAGGAAUAAGCUGAUGAUAGUUUUGUUUCUGCCAUCAACCAGUGUAUCAAUAUAUUUUUGACAAAAAAAAAAUAAUAAUGUAUUAAAAAAAAAACAAACACAAAAAAAACAAAACAACUGACUUACUAUACAGGGUAACUGGGCAUUUCUAUAUCAGCAGAUCAGUGCUUAUAAUUCAUAAGGAGCAUUGCACCGUUUGACAUGAUGAUAGUACUGUACCUCCUAGCAUCUGAAAUUAGACUAGUCCUCACAUUGCUUGCCUAUUUCUUCUCUCUCUUUUUAUAACAACAUUUUCCACUAGUAAGUUUUCAAAAUCAACAGAUUCCUUGGGGAGCCGAGAAAAAAAAAAAAGGCAAAAGUAUUGACUAUUUCUAGAGUGGGAUGGCCAGGGUACAAUACUAUAUCAGUAGUGGUCAUAACAUUUUGCUAUGUGUACAUAGACCAUACAAUGUGAGCAACCAUAACUUAAGCUGAACGUGUGUAAAUAUUAUCAGAUUUCUUAAACAUUUUUAACUUCUAAUUUGUACUUUAUGGUAAGGCAAAAAGCUAAUUCUACUUAUGGUUUAGGUUAAUGUGUCCUAAAAUUAUGUAAAUAAUUAAAUAAGCUGUAAAUGAGCAGUCGAUAGAUACAGUAAUUGUUUAGUGACUUUUUUUUACUAAGUACAAUAAUAGCAGUGCUCUAGCAGAGUAAUUUAAACACCCUUUUGCAUAAACAGAUUUGGAUUCCAGAGAUAAAACCAGUACAGAAAGUGCUGUGGUGUGAAGUAGCCGUUGUGGCAAUAUUAUUGCUAGCACAAUCAAUUCUUGUGUGGUUAAAAUGUUCAGGCAACAGACGAUGGGAGCUUGGCACUCAGGACUCAGCGUAAACAAACGGGGCUGGUUUUCACUUACAAUAAGGCACUUUUAUGUUGCUCCAGUGAGUGGAGAGGUGAAGGAAUCCAGGGUAAGUGAAAACUGGAGCUGUUGGUGAUUUCAUUACAGAAAGCCUGCAUGUGGCGUCUGUCUGUUUCUGAAAUCUGUAUCUCCUAUGGUAUCUAAUAGUAGACGUAUAUUUUUCUUUACAAAAAUAAAAAAAAGGAAGUUUGACUGUUGUUAGAAAGCAUAGUCCCCCAAAGCCAAAGAAUCUUCACUCCAGAAAUUGUUUAAAAGGGAAAUCUAAUGAGUCACUGCUUAACACCAAAGGUAAAGCUUAAUAAAAUGCACUAGGAACUUUGUCUAAAUUUUUAAGAAGCAAACGGAAUGUUGAUCAAAAAUACUGCCCUGUUCUACUUUGUAAAAAUAGUACUAAUUUAAAUAUCCAUUAAUAUAAAAUUGAAAUAGAUAAUCUCUACAAGAAUAUGCAACACUAACAUUUCAUAAGUAAGAAAUUAUUUUCUUUGUAAGUGCUUUGACAAAAAAAGAAACUUAAAUGAUGAAAAAUCUCACCUCUACUUUCAUACUAAGGGUUGUAUUUUUUUAAUGUUUUUCAGACAUGAGGUCAUCUAUUCCAAUUUGAUAACGUUUUGUAUGUUUUCACUGUUACCACCAUUUGACAGAUCCUCACCAGGCUGUGUUGCUCAUGGUCUGUUUUGUUACUUUCAGUUGAAGACAAAAAAAACAUUUGAAACAUGAUUAAUUCUAGCAAGCUGACUAUGAUUUGACUUCUAUCACGUUUUUAUUUGCAUGGGUGUUUAAAUGGUUCUGUUAGUACUGUCUUUGCACAGUUCUGAUUUAUCUUUUUUUACUUAGUACUAUUUACUUCAUAAUGUAGUAAUCAUCAGCCUUACUAAUGACCUUGUAGCCUUUCUUAUAUGCACAUAAUGCACAUUUUCCAAUGGCUAGAAAAUGCAAAAUACUAGUGGAUAUCAUUGCAUCAGAUCUUCAUGUCUUUCUCAAAAGGACUGCUAACCUCUGGGAUAUAUGAGGUAGUAAAAUGAUGAUUGUAAAUGAGUAGCACAUAAGAGAUAUUUUCUUGAAUUUAAAAUUAUUGCAGCCAGUUUCAGCAUGUAAAUAUAUAAUAAUGUUGGCUAGUGUGUAAUUCUUGAACUAAAAAAAUAUAAAUAAAGAAAACCUAAAAGAUG